ACGGGGCAGAGCUCUUCUAAAUGCAGCGCUCAACUCCGUGACUGUUCAGCCAGCCAGGGAACACAUUGGGAUCAAAAUCAACGGAAGACUGGAUAUUUGUAUUUUUUUUUUUUAAAGCCGGAAAAAACUGAAUGAUUUCUCCCCCCGGCUGGACUGGAUGUUGAUUUGUAAAGUGGUUUAUCUCAGGACUAUGGCAGACAUUCCUUGCUUGGCUACUUGUCAUUGGAGACAAGUCCCGCUGAGCUGACCCACAAACGAAGGACAGAGUUCUGAGGGAUCAUUUUCCAGCACUUCUCUAGAAGUGUGCUCCUGGGUUCUCAGGAAGUCUUCUGUCACCUCAGGACUAUGGGCUCUUUCUGGGGCAGCUUGGUGAUCUCCUGUGGACUGGUUCUGCUUCGCAAAGGGGGCGACGGAGCCCAGCAGACCAAGGCCAAUGUCCCACGGCUAAAACUCUCAUACAAAGACAUGCUGGACUCCAACAACCUUGAGACAUUUGAAGGUCUGGUGAACAGUUCGUCUUACCACACCUUCCUGCUGGACGAAGAGAAAGGAAGACUGAUGGUGGGCGCCAAGGACCACAUUUUCUCCUUCAACCUCCUCAACAUCAGCAAAGACAUUGUGCAGAUCCCUUGGCUGGCGUCCCCCACCCGCAGAGACGAAUGCAAGUGGGCGGGAAAAGAUCUCUCGAGGGAGUGUGCAAACUUCGUGAAGGUGUUGCAGCCCUUCAACCAGACGCAUAUCUACGUGUGUGGAACAGGUGCUUUCCAUCCUGUGUGUUCCUACCUAGAAGUGGGUAAGAAACUAGAGGACAAUGUUUUUAGACUGCUGCCUCACACGGAAAACGGCAGAGGAAAAAGUCCCUACGAUCCGAAGCUGCUGACUGCAUCCAUGCUGAUUGAUGGUGAAUUGUAUGCUGGGACAUCAGCCGACUUCAUGGGGCGGGACUUUGCCAUCUUCCGCACCCUCGGAAAGCAUCACCCCAUCAGGACGGAGCAGCAUGACUCCCGAUGGCUCAAUGAUCCACGAUUCGUGGGCGUUCAUCUGAUUCCAGAGAGCGACAACCCAGAAGAUGACAAAAUCUACCUCUUCUUCAGAGAGAACGCCAUGGAUGGAGAGCAUGCUGGGAAAGCCACACAUGCUCGCAUCGGCCAGCUCUGCAAAAACGACCUCGGGGGUCACAGGAGUCUGGUGAAUAAGUGGACCACCUUCUUAAAGGCACGACUCGUUUGCUCGGUGCCAGGAAGCAACGGCAUUGACACACAUUUCGAUGAACUCCAGGAUGUUUUUCUCAUCAGCACAAAAGAUCCAAAAAGUCCAAUCAUCUACGGAGUAUUUAGCACAUCCAGCAACAUCUUCAAAGGAUCGGCUGUGUGUAUGUAUAGCAUGGCAGACAUCCGCAGGGUCUUUCUGGGCCCUUAUGCUCAUAGAGAUGGGCCCAACUACCAGUGGGUGCCCUACCAGGGGCGUGUUCCUUACCCACGGCCUGGCACAUGUCCGAGCAACACAUUUGGAGGAUUUGACACAACCAAAGACCUUCCUGAUGAAGUUGUAAUCUUUGCCAGAAGCCACCCGGCUAUGUUCAAUCCCGUGUACCCGAUUAACAACAGACCGAGCAUAGUCAAAACUGAUGUCGACUACCAGUUCACACAGAUAGUGGUGGAUAAAGUAGACGCAGAAGACGGCCAGUACGACGUCAUGUUCAUAGGAACAGAUUUAGGAACGGUUCUUAAGGUGGUGACAAUCCCAAGAGGCUCCUGGCAUGACCUGGAGGAAGUCCUGCUGGAGGAAAUGACCGUUUUCAGGAAGCCAACGGCUAUUAAAGCAAUGGAGCUUUCAACAAAACAGCAACAACUGUACUUGGGCUCAGACCUUGGCAUCUCCCAGAUGCCUUUGCAUCGCUGUGAGGUUUACGGGAAGGCCUGUGCUGAAUGUUGCCUGGCCAGAGACCCUUACUGUGCCUGGGAUGGCAGCGAGUGCUCCAGAUACUUCCCCAUGGCCAAAAGGAGAACCAGGAGACAAGAUAUCAGGAAUGGAGAUCCUCUAACACAAUGCUCAGAUCUGCAGCAGCAUGACGAACUAAGCGGGCAGAAAACUCUGGAGGACAAAACAAUCUAUGGAGUGGAGAACAGCAGCACCUUCCUGGAGUGCAGCCCCAAGUCCCAGCGAGCAUCAACUUACUGGCAGUACCAGCGCUCGCCCGACCAGCGCAAACACGAGAUCAAAUCAGAGGAACGUUUUAUCCGCACAGAGCAGGGUUUGUUGAUCCGCACCCUGGACAAGAAGGACUCUGGGAUCUACCUGUGCCAGGCGGUGGAGCACGGCUUCAUGCAGACUCUUCUCAGGGUGACUUUGGAGGUGAUCGACACAGAGCGCCUCGACGAUCUACUCAACGGAGAGGACAAGACCGCCGCCAACGCUUCCGUCCAGGACUUUCAGGAGCCUCCCAAUCGCAAGCUCUGGUAUCGAGACUUCCUGUCCUUGGUGAACCACCCCACUCUGAAUAGCGUGGACGAGUUCUGCGAGCAGGUUUGGAAGAGGGAGCGGAAGCACAAGAAGCAGAAAGCUCACCUGGUGCAGCAGGCGCAAAUGCACCAGCAAUAUCCACAGAGGGUCGUGGCGGCCAAGUGGAAACACCUGCAGGAGAGGCAAAAGGGCCGCAACCGUAGGACCCAUGAGCUGGAGCGAGCCCCCCGCAGUAUCUGAGUCAGAACCUUGGACUGCGCUGAUCUGAAAGCAAAACUACAGACUGAGGAACAGACUCAUUCCAAAUGGACUCAACAGUAAACGUAUUUCUUCCCCUUGUUUGGGGUGUGGCAUCACACCGGACCCUUGGAGCUGGUUAUCUCAGCUGGCCUCAGCAGGACUGAUGACUGCUUCAGGACAGUGGCAAAUAGCACAAAAACUGAAGACUCACGGACAUUGAAUGGCUUCAUGCAAGAAUUUAUUUUGGACGUUGAGGUCACACGGGCUUCUAUGUUGAGAUGAAAGCACAAAUGGAAGUCCCAGAAGCAGGGAAAGAGCCGGAACACUGGGAGCAACAGACAACCACUUGACAAACGAUGUAGCUAAUAACGUGUAAAUACUGUGACAUAUUAAAAGGGAGUAUUCAUGUUUUCCUUCUUCUGAUAGUUCAAAGUACAAAGCUAGAAGAGGUUUGAACCGGGAGAUGUUGUACUCAAGUGUGUGUGUGCCAUCAAUAAGCUUCACAACCACAUGUUUUAUACAUGUGUCUCAUUAGAGCAGGCCUGGGCAAUUAUUUUUACUCGGGGCGGCCAAAUUUAGAGGAAAACAAUGUGUCUGGGGGCCGGUAUAUCUGAUUUUUAGUAACACUAAUACAAAAAUAAUUUAUGAUUGAAUGCCAUCCCAUCCAACCAUCCAUCUUCUUCCGCUUAUCCGAGGUCGGGUCGCGAGGGCAGCAGCCUAAGCAGGGAAGC